CAGAGGGAGUUUUCGUGGCAACCAAUUGAUGCGAUUUGCAUUUUAGUGUGGAGGAUUACUGCUUGCUAGCACGUUAUUCGCGCGGUGCAUGCAUUGCUCUCGGUUGAGCUGGUUUAGGCAACGCAUGAAUUCAAGGCAAGAAAACAUCCCUCUCGAAAGUGCAUCUUGCGCGGGAUUUCUCAACCUCCAAUGGUUUCGGGCGUUUGGCAUACGCGAGUAAAGACCGAUCCACGGGAUCGCACCGCGCUGAUAGGCUUUUGACGUCGCAUGGUUGGCAAUCGCCGAGUAGCAUAUUGACAUAAAGUGCAGUUGUAUGAUGUGCGGGUAAAGCAGUGCGCGAGUAGUGCGCCCCUUGCAGCGCACGGGACACACAUACACGUAUACUGUCGGGUGGCUGUUGUACAUGUAGGAGUGCUGUGUCGUCGCUGAAAUCGGUCGGUUCGGUACACGGCACGGCGAGUGGCGAAGUUGACGGAAAGCGAAAACGAUUUGCCUCGUUCGAGAAGAAAACGUCUCGUGAAAAUUGCGUUUCAAUUUGUCCCCGUUCCAAUUAUUUCCGCGAGAUUAACAUUGUCCGCGGUUGUGUGUCUGGCGGAAACCGAACGUGGGCAAAAAACUAUAAAAGACGCGAAAAGGACUUUGAAAUCGGUGGUCGAGCGAUCGGGCCGAGAGCAGACGGUGAGCAAGUGGGACGAAUUCCGGUCGCUGCCGUCGCCGGGGCGCAGUGCUAUCACAUUGCAGUAGUCAGGGAUUUUAGGAAUUUCGUACGUGCGGUUGUCGGAGCUUUCGUUGUCACUUUGAAGGAAAUUGUUCGUGUGGAAGAUAUGUGGACUCCGCAGUAUGAUAUAAUCGUCGAGACGCUAACGGGAUCUGAGUUCGAGGUGACGGUGACAGACAAGGACACAAUCGGCUACAUAAAAUCUCGGAUACAGAAAUAUGAAGGAAUUCCUAUCGGUCAGCAGCAUCUUCUUUACAAUCACAAAGAACUGAAUGAUGCAACCGAAAUGAAAGAUAUUCCACUGGGGAAUGGAUCGCGUCUAAAAUUAGUCCUUGAUAUGAAAGGCGGUCCGGUAUCAGCUCGGCGAGUGAUUAAUUUACCGGAUUGCGAUAAUUGGUUUGACAUUAGUGAUGUUCUGAACACAACAAGGCAUGAUCCUCUGACGAUAUCGACACCAGGAUUUAAAUUCUUGCUUUGUAAAGAUAAAAAGAGCUUUCACCGUAUUAUGAAAUUUCGAUCAGAUCGUAAAAACUACGGAACAACAAAGACGAACGAAACCCCCAAUUCCACAUCGGAUACUCAAGAUGACCAGUGGGUAAAGGAUAACUUACAGACACUUGAGAAAAUGCAUCAGCUGCGUUCAAAACUGGAUUUAAAGAAGAAGCUGAAAGGUAACAAUUCAAAACCGAAGAAAAAUUCAAAUUCAGUGUCAUCGGUACCAGGCACAAUGUCACAACAGGAAAAUAUAGAUCGAAACAGGGAAGUGCAAUUAUCGAGUAUUGACCAACAAACAGAAGUGAAUCCUCACGGACCAGUUGUUAAACCAAAACCGGCUAAAAAAAUCGAUUGUAGUGUGCGUGAAACCACCUCGGCAGAAUAUCAGACAGCAAUAAUCUCGCAAUUGAUGCAGUCUGAUCGAAUAGGGAAUUUAUGUGAUAAUUUCAUUGAAGAAGAGAAAAAGUCAUGUGGUGCAGUAAACAAGUUCGGUUUGAACAAAACAAUCAAUCCAAUUGCUCAUAGACUGCCACCACCCCUACCACAAACAAAAUCAAAUUACGAGAAAUUAUUCCAAAUGCACGCUUUAUCACCUCCUCUUUUAUCAUAUAAUUUGCUUGGUAAAACCUCCGAUAGUAACGAUACCCAUGGGAAAUUGCCUGCACACUCCACGAACUUGGUGAAAAGCAGCGCUGGUAAUUUGGCAAUAAAUCGACCCAAGCGUAAGUCCACAAAUAAUUGUUACGAAGAAGUACGAUCGAAAUUGCGUGAGAAUAUACGACGAAAUCGUUCAUUCAAAACAAUUAACACAAACAAUUCAAAUAGCGAUGAAUUAAUUAAUCGCCCACUGACCACAAACAAUUCGAUAACAUCAAUUCUGGACCAUUUGUUUGCGAGUUCAUACAAUUGUGGUGGUGGUGGGGAGAAAAGAAGCACUUCGAAGUCGGUUCAAGAUCUGGUAGAGAAAUUUGCCAGUUAUCAACAACAAAAUGACACGGGAACGCCUCCAAAGGUUGUUGGUGCUGAUUUGUCGUCGAAAGCUGUUGGUAUCGAACAUGAACGUGAAAUGCGCUUACCGAAACGUGCUAAUUGUUUGAACGCAUCACCGGUAUCGAAUGGAUUUGAGAAUAAACUUUUCAUAGAUAGGCAACAAACAAUUGGACUGAAUUCUGUUGACUCCUCUGGCUGUGCGUCCGAUUUCAAAUUGGAAAAUGGUGGCUCAACGACAAAUAGUGCCUUGGAUGGAUCAUUUAGAUUGUAUAAAAUGUCUGCAGAAGUGAAAAGUAAAUAUGAAUUGCCUAAGCUUCUAAUACGUGAAGAUUCACCAGUAGAAUCAUUUCAUUCAUCUGAUCCACAACUAGAAACUCUUACAAUACGUGGCGAGUCACCGAAAAAUGUGUUAGAGAGUUAUCCAAAAUUAACAACAACCGGCUCGGCUGUUGAUUCGACAGCAUGUGAUAGGGAACCGAAAACAAGCAAUUCAAUUAUAGAAACCCCAUGGAAUCCACGCCAUCAUUCAGAUUUAAGUUUAAAUAAUUUAGAAUUAAAUUUUUUGAAUGAAGAAUUUACAGAUUUGGAGACUGAUCGAACGUCAACGAUGACAACGACUGAUAAUUGUUUACAGACUAGUGGUGGUCCAUUUUUGAAAAUUGCAUCAAAUUUAGAUAUAAAUAACAGUAAUUGGAAUACAACAGCUGAAUUAGAUGAUCGACAGUCACAACCGUCAGCGACGUCGUUGAAUUUCAUCAAUGGUGAUUUAACGUCUAGUGACGAUGAGGAGGAUGUUUUCAACUCAAGCUGUUGUACGUUGCACAGUGAUUCAAAAUCAAAAUCAAUAGAAUUGAAUGAGUUUCGGAUGAUGUUUGGAAGUAGCCCGACUUUACUUAAUACUAACUAUAAUCCUGUAACUCAUACUUCACGACUGGACGCGGUACCUAUUCAAUAUCGUCGUGGCUACUCGAAUUUGAAUGACGCUUGCCUUUCAAGUAGCACUUCUGAUCUAGAGCUAUUCAAUGGUGUUAGGAAGAAAAAUUCAUCAAAAAGUGCAAGCCAGGAGUUACCGUCAUCAUUUUCCCGACAUCGGACCACAAAUGGAUCUUUAGAUUUCGUUCGUAGCUAUGAGAAUUUAGAUCGAACAAAAAUUCUAAGAAUGAAGAAUGAACGUCAUAGAAAUGCGGUUGGGAGUUGUUUUCCAGAUUUGAAACCGUUUUGGGACAAUACGGGUGGUAAUGAGAAACGCGAGAGCACAGCUGUACGGAAUCAGCUAUCGCGAGAACGACUACAAGAGGAGAGUAGUUGUGAUGAACCUUAUCCUUUCUCAAAUUUGACCUAUGAUGACCUUAUUAGAGGCUGUAUGGAUAAUAGUAGUGCCCGGUCAUUGAAUAAAUGUCUUCCAAUUGGGUAUCCGUCCGAUGAAAGUAUAUUCAAUAUGAAUCUGGACCGCUUCACCGAUGAUUUCAACUUGCUGUCCAUGAGUGACCGGUUGUCAAAUUCAAGUGCAAACAAUAGUAGAGAUGCAAGUCGCAGUUCAUUAAUAUUAUCGGAAUUAGACAUUGAUAAUAAUUCAGUAGCGGUUAAAAAGCCUUCAACAUCAGUGAUCAUUAAACCCACGAAGAUUCCGAUAUCUGCAACAGGAAAUAGUGCUCCAAUGGCGCCCCAAAAAUCGUCACAUCACACUUCUACAGUGAUUGUUAAACCGACGAAAAUUCCUAUCUCUGCUAUAACAGUAUCACAAUCCUUACCAACAACAAAUACGACAUUAUCAACUACAACAACAAUGACAUUCGUAUCGAUAACAGAUUCGACACCCGCGAAAAAAUCUACCCCCGGAGGGAAAUUGCGCUGUGCCGAGUGUAAUAAAAAGUUGGGUUUGAUAAUGGUCAUGAAAUGUCAUUGUGAGAAAGUAUUUUGCCCACAGCAUCGUUACGCUGAAGCACAUAAUUGUUCCUAUAAUUUCAAGUCGGAAGGCAAAAAGAUUUUAACACGCGAAAAUCCUUUAGUGGUAGCUCAAAAGCUACCGAAAAUUUAAACUAAAUCACAAAGAACUUUGGGCAUAGUCUUAAUUUUUACACUUUAUUGUAAUUUUUAAAGGACACUUGUUUGGAAUUGGUGGACUUUCUAUAAUUUUUAGAGGAUAUAUUUUUGGAAGCGUUAGAGAGAGUAGUUUAGUUCCCCCGAGCGCGUGUGCAUUAUUUCACAUGUUGUUCAGUGUCGUGACAUUUUAUUCUUUCUGUAUUUACGGAUUUUGCCCAAUAGUAAUUGUACGAUAAUUUUAAAUCACUUUGCACCAAGAUUGAGACAAAAUAAAAAUCGUUGUAAAGAUUAAUCGAAUUCGAAAUCAAACCAUAUAUAUAUAUAUAUGAAAAACGCUAUACAACUUAUAGAUUUGUGAUAAUAUUUUUUCUUUGGUUUUUAAGCGAGGGAGGGAGGGAGGAAGAAAAUUGCUCGAUGGAAGAAGUUAAAAAAAAAACGGGAGAGAAACUAUUUGGUUUUUUGUUUUUUAAUUUUCAUUUUUUUCCCCUAAAAGAAAGAGA